GUCACUGUAUGAAUGGGCCUCAAAUGCUCAGUCUUUCCUGCCUACCAGAUGCUCUCAGGUGGCAGUUUUGAGCGCACUGCCGCAUACCAUUGCCACGGCGGAGUUUUAAUGUCUUCAAGCUGCUUGCAGAGUCCACUGUUUUUACUCCCCACCAAACUCCGCCCCAGCAGCAGCUGGAGAAGGGCGCCAAGAAACCAAAGAUUUUUUGGUAAAGUGUUUGGAUUUACACUCCCCAGUCGGGUUGGGGGGGAGUUGUGACGCUGCAAGCUCAAAAUGGCAAACAAAUAAAACCCAACCCCCUUUUUUUAAAAAAAACAAGACGGAUACCCAACUUUGAACUGUGAUUACAAUUACCGAUUUUUUUGGGGUUGCGAAAUGAAGGACUCCUCGAGAAUGUGUCCAAAUCUACUCGUGCGGGCCACACUCUGCACGCAGCUGUUGCUCCUAUCCCUGCUGCUGCACGUGAGGAGCGGUGACCCCGUGACCGCCGAAGACGCCGUUCUGGACGCCGAUCAGCUGUCCCGGUUUUACCUUCAAGGUUUGUUUAUUCUGGAAAGUGAACAACAGCUGAAUAGAUGUAUUAAAGCCAACAGAACACUCCUCACACUUGAAAACUGUGAAGAGCCUUCUAAGAACAUGCUAUGGAAGUGGGUAUCCAGACAUCGCCUAUUUAAUAUUGGCACCAGUUUGUGCCUGGGACUUAAUAUUACUGACACUGAGCAGCCUUUGGGUUUGUUUGAAUGUGAUUCCGCUUUACAGUCACUAUGGUGGCGAUGCUCUGGCAACAUGUUAUUUGGAUCCUCCAGAUUUUUAGUGGGUCGAAAAGAAAAGUUUAUUGUAGCUACACGAUUACCUUAUCACUCCUGGAAAAGAUACCUGACUUCUGGUGAAGGACCAUGUGCCCAUCCUUAUGAAGAAAUCCAUGUAGUACAAGGAAAUGCACAUGGAAGUUCCUGCGUUUUACCUUUUAAAUAUAACAACAAGUGGUAUUAUGAGUGCACAGCUGAAGGUCGAGAAGAUGGUCGCCUCUGGUGUGCUACAACUAGUCAGUAUGAUCGGGAUGAAAAAUGGGGAUUUUGUCCAAAUCCAGGUCCAGAUUGUGAUGACUCAUGGGAAAAGAAUCCAGACACAAAAGUAUGUUACCAGUUCAAUCUUCAGUCCAUCCUUUCUUGGAAUGAGGCACAUAUAUCGUGUCAGGCACAAGGCGGAAAUCUAUUAAGCAUCACUGAUGUUACAGAACAGAUAUACAUUGGAGAACGCCUGAAUGAUUUGGGAGUUCCUGUCUGGAUUGGCUUGAAUCACCUUGAGGAACAAAAAGGUUGGCAGUGGACAGAUGGCUCACCUUUGGCACUGGUGAACUUUACCAGAAGUUUGACCCAGUCUGCAUUUCAUAGCGAACUCUGUGGAGUGUUUAACUCAGCCCAUGGAAAUCAGUGGCAGAGUUUUGAUUGUUCUUCUGGACUACCAUAUGUAUGUAAAAAAUACCCAAAUAUUUCAAGGAAAGCAGAACCCUUUGAUGUGUGGCAGUAUUAUCCCACUUCCUGUGAUCCAGAAUGGAUUCCAUACAAUAAGUUCUGUUACAAAUUGAAAAAAGAGGAAAAAUCUUGGAAAGAAGCACUUAAGGAGUGCCAGUCAGAUGGAGGCAACCUGAUAAGCAUUCCAACUAUAGCUGAUAUUGAGCUAUUUGUGACACUUCUACAGAAUGUAUCCGAUUCAGUUUUGGAAAUCUGGAUUGGCCUUAGCAGUAAAAAGCCGGAGGCGUUUGAGUGGUCUGAUGGAUCUUCUGUAACUUUCACUUACUGGCAUAAAUAUCAACCUAAUACCAGCUUUUCUGAUUCUGAAAUCUGUGUAAAAGCUUCAAAAAAUGGUGGAUACUGGCAAACAGCAAUGUGUGAGGAGAGUCUUCUGUCAAUUUGUAAAAAGAAAGGACAGGUUGAAGAGCAAAAUGUAGAUGUUUUGGAUAAAGGCUGUGCUGAGGGUUGGAAACGGAAAGGUAACUAUUGUUACAGGAUUACAAACUACCUUCAAAGCUAUGAAGAAGCUUCUAAGGGCUAUUACUGUAACUCACCCCUUGUGACUGUGGAAAAUAGGUAUGAACAAGCUUUCAUUAACAGUCUCAUAAAUAACCUGAAAAAAAGUGAAAAUCUUUACUUCUGGAUAGCUCUACAGGACCAAAACAGGACAGGAGAGUACAGCUGGUUGUCUUCAGAAGGAGCUUCUCAACCUGUUUUGUAUACAAAUUGGAAUAAGAAUCAGCCAGCCAGUGCUGGUGGAUGUGUGGCUAUAGCUGGUGGCAACUUUCUUGGACGCUGGGAAGUUAAAGACUGCAAAUCUUUCAGAGCUUUUUCAAUAUGUAGGAAACCAAUUGGCCCUCUGAAAGAAUCUAAAUUAUCAGAUAACAUUAAUGUAUAUGGAUCUUGCCCAAUUACUUGGGAGUCGACGUCUGAAUUGCUUUAUUGUUAUAAGGUGUUUCACAGUGAGAAAGUACUUUUGAAGAGAUCAUGGGAUGAAGCCAGUUUUUUUUGUCAGGCUCUUGGAGCCAACCUUGUAAGUUUCAGUCAUCAUGAUGAGGAAAGAUUUGUGGCAGAGCUUUUGAAGAAUACUUUUGAAAGUGAAGAACGAUGGUUCUGGGUAGGAUUUAAUAAAAGAAGACCUGAUGCAGGGGGUGCAUGGGAAUGGUCUGAUGGCACUGCAGUAGUGUCAUCAUUUAUAGAAGACAGAAAUGAUGAGAACGAUAAGGUGAACUGUGCAGUUUAUAAAACUAAUAACACACUAAUUCCUCAAAGAUGUGACUCAAAACAUGAAUGGAUUUGCAAAAUUCCAAAAGGUCUGGAUGUGAAGAAUCCUUACUGGUUUAUUAAACAAUUAGAACCCUGGGUUUUUUUCAGAGGAGCAGAAUAUCUGUUUUCGAUGUUAGAUCUCCCUUGGGAUGAUGCUGCUUUGGUUUGUAAGCUUUUAGGUUCUGAUUUGGUAUCCAUACAUACGCCUGAAGAACUCGCUUUCCUUCUUGGUAGAAUUAAAAAGUCAUUUCCAAAUAAAGAAAGGAUAUGGAUUGGAUUGUCCAAAGAUUUAAGCAGCUCUCAGUUUCGCUGGAUGGACGGCUCUCCUGUUGAGUAUGAAAACUGGGGAGCUAUGAAUUUUCUACAGUUGCCACUGAAGAAUGAUAUUUGUGUCUCAAUGUCAACACAGACAGGUCAGUGGGCUGAAGAUAAAUGCAGUAGAAUUCAAUUUUAUGCCUGUAAGCGCCAAACAAUAUCUGUUGUGGAAAUACCCAGAGAACCACACUUAAUAGGAGGCUGUCCUGAAAGAUGGCUAUAUUUUGGCCACAAGUGCAUUUUCUUGCAUUCCCCAAAAAGACGUGAAGAACUAAAAACCUGGAAUGAAGCACAACUCUUCUGCAAAUCACAUGAAGCAUCACUUGUUUCUAUAGAUAAUGAGAUAGAACAAGCUUUUUUGACAAUGUUGCUGAUUGAAACAGAUACAAGUGUCUGGAUUGGUCUUCAAAAUAAUGAGCCUCCAAAAUGGGUGAAUGGAAAGCCUGUUAUUUAUACAAACUGGUCCCCUGUAGAACCAGAGAAUUUAGAUUAUGGUGUGGAUGUUAGAAAAGGCACGAGUAAUUACCAAGGUGUUCUGCAAUGCACUUUGAUGUCUAAUAAUCAUAUCUACCAUUUAACUGGCAAGUGGUAUCAUGAAGAUUGUGAAGCGUAUAAGCAUGGAUUAAUAUGUCAAAAAGAUCAAGACCCAUCAAAGGCACCAGCCCAUCAAAUAUUUUUUCAUCCUCUGCCUGACAGUAUUGAAUAUGGAAAUCGAAGUUAUAGAAUUCUCCAUGGGAAUAUGACCUGGUACCAGGCACUGAAUAAAUGCUUUGAAAAAGACUCUGAGCUAGUAAGCAUAUCUGAUGCCUUCCACCAGUCUUUUCUUACUGUUGUUGUGAAUAAACUGGGUUACCCUCACUGGAUUGGACUUUCAAACCAAGAACAGAACGGAAUAAACUAUCAGUGGUCGGAUGGAAGUGAUAGCUUAUUUACUCACUGGGGAAAUGAAAUCGAAGAAGAUGUGUUUACUAACUGUGUUUAUAUGGACAUUGAUGGAACCUGGAAACCUGAAGAUUGUGAAACACAACUUGAUGGUGCAUUGUGCCAAGUUCUUCCUGAACGAAAACCAAUAUCUUAUAAGCAGGAAUGUCCCAGAACAUGGCUGAAAUUCCUGAAUAGUUGUUACAGUUUCGAGCCAGUCAUAAAAAGGCUGUCUCUGGAAGAUGCUCGUUUGUACUGUAUGCAUAAAGAAAAUGGAUCAGACAUACUGACAAUAAAAAGUGAAGAAGAAAACAGGUUUAUUUUGGAAGAACUACGGACAUUUGAGGCCACUCAUCAGAUUGUCUGGUUGGGCAUAUUAUUUGAUGUUGACAAUGACACAUUAGAGUGGUUUGAUGGCUCACCUAUUAAGUAUUCAAACUGGUAUUUUAGACCUCCCAGCAUGGAUCUCCUUAAGACUGACAGCUGUGUUUCAUUACAGCCUUCUGAUGGCAGUUGGCAUUUAACACAUUGUGAAGAUAAGCUAGGAUUUGUGUGUAAAAUACACAGAGAUAUAAGCAGUGAUGUAGAAGUUGAACCACUACACAGUUCCAGCAAAGGAGUUAUUCUUAUUGCCAUUUUUGUGGCUAUUUUGUUUUUUGCUUUGGUCCUAAUGUUUGUCUGGUUUGUAUAUAGAAGGAACUCAGGACAGUAUAGAGGAUUUCCAACAUUUCGAAAUGCAUACUACAGGCAAACAAAUACAGAGGCAACAGACAGUGAAGGAAAUGUGCUUAUUACAGAAAUUGAUGCUAGUAGCACAAAUUAGCAGUCUGUGACUGCCAGGAUUCACACCAGAGAACUGCUUCUCAUUGGACAGAGAAGAGGGACACACAGUGCUGCUGAUGUACAGUACAUCAGCAAUGAGUAUAUGACAUAAUCUGUGCUUGUGCUAUUCAGAAACUACUUUGGCAGUUGACAUCAUGGUUUGUAUUUAUUACACUUGUCGGAGCCAAACAAAUCAGUUAAAGCCUUUUAUAUGAUUAUCCAUGGAAAUUUUCGGUACACACAAACAUGCAUAAAAAUGUGAUGUGUCUAUAUAUAUAUAUAUAUAUAUAUAUAUAUAUAUAUAUAUAUAAAAUUAUAUAUAUAAAUAAAUAAAUACUGUAUAUACCAAACACUAUUGUUUAAAUAUCUAUGAUUCUAUAUUAUUUCUGUGAAUUUAAGGUGUUUUUGCCUUUUGUACAUAAGAAAACAGAUUAAUAACAAAACAUUUUUAAUGGUCCAUUUUUAAAAGAAAUGCUAAUUUUUUCAGUAAGAAAAUGCCAUACUGCAAUUACAGUUAUUGCCCGUCCGUCCUAGUCAAGAAUCUGGUAGCAAUAACAUUAAUAUGAACUCAACCAUUUCAAGGACCACCAUAUGAAGUAUGUGUAUAUACAGAAAACAAGUCAGCAAAACAUCAAGGAAUGAGGGUGAUUGUUGUUUUUAUUUCUUUGUUUACAGUGGUUUUAACAUUGAGGUCUGUAUAUUUAUUGAAUCUACUGUUUUAAUAAAGUUAUUUUAUAAUGAUGGACUUGGUUUUUAGCACAAGAAACAAGUCUUGUAUUGUUUGCGACCAGUUCAAUCCUUUAAUAUUCCUUAGAGACUCUUAAUGGGCAGUUUUAAACAUGGCUGUUUUAUAUACUGUGUACUUUUGGAUAUCAGUUUCUUUUACUGAAUAUUUUAGUUAAUCUUUAAGCUAAUAAACUGCUGACAAUACAGCAUUUAAUGUGAUUAAUACUUUACUAUUUUUACUUCACUGCUCCAUCCCAUAUCAUCUUUUUCUUAAUCAUAACUACACUGUAGCCUAUUUUCUAAUAAUAAUAAUAAUAAUAAUAAUACAUUUUAUUUAUUCGUAGACGCCUUUCUAAACAUUCAAGGACACCGAUUGAUGAAACACAUAUUCUAAACAUUUUUCUGUAGCUUACAGUAUAUUUAUAGCCCAAUUAUAACUAAACUAUCAGUCAUCUUAAUACUGUAUGUACUGUUUCUACUAAAGUGCUCCACCCCAAGUCAUUGUAUGUCUUCUUUCUUGAUUAUAGCUACACUACAGCCUAUUUGAAGUAGCCAGUACAGUUCUGGAGCACAAACCUUGGCUGGUAUUUAGAUAUCAGAAGAAGCACAUAAGGUAACUACAACUAAUCUUUGCUUAGGCAGUUACAGUUAUGUUACAGUAGUUAAGCAUGACUGUUAAAAGUUAGGAAGUGAGAUGUUGCACAUUUAAUUAUUUGACACUUUCAAGACCCUUAUACACUCGCACACUAAUAACAAAUGGCCCACUGAUAAUUACACUCCGAUUGCUUUCACAUUAGUCUUUUUCUUCACAGUAACAUCCCACAAUUCCAAUCAACUCCCUUUUUCUUCAAUGUAGUAACAAAACGCAUUGUGAAAAUCAUACAAGUGCUUACAAAUCAUCUUCAACAGGAUUUCACAAAUUCAUUCCCACACAGUGAGAGCACAGCAUUUUCUCAAGCCAUGCACUCCUUGCUGUGUGUUUAGCGUGUGUCAAUGCAAUCUGCAGUUUUCACCACAUUUACCUGCUUAGUCAAAACCGUGGUCAUUUUGAUGAACUGGACUGACUGUACUCCCAUUUCGCACACUAACAUACUUUUUUAUUUGCCUCUCUGAUUAUAGGCAGUGUGAGUUGGAGAAUGGGCUUGAACUUAGUCUUGUGGUUUAUUAAGCUUUGGGUGAAGAUGUCUGACAUGUUGUGCAGUACAGGAAUGUUUAGGGAGAAAGUGGACAUGUUCUGGGGUACUGGAAUGGAGACAGCACUGUGCAUUUCAACUGACAAAAAUUCAACAGUCAAAUCACUCACUGUGUAUUUGAGUUAUAUAACACUUUUGCAAGGAGUUCCUAUUUUUAUUUGAUCAGUUUUACCACUUUUUAAUGAUACAGUUAAAUAACACUGUAGUAGUUGAGAGUGUAUAUCCAGGUGUUUUUCUCACAUUAUUCCUCCAUGUUGUUACAGCAAAAACACAGGACACUUUCUUGCCCAAACAAUGUAAAGGACUUGAUUUGUAUAUAUGACUCUUAUAGAUUUUUGAGAAAAAUGUCUUUUGUAGAAACAAAAAAACUUUAGCAAGUUUACAUUCCUUAGUUACUGAGAUUUUUUUAUAUGAAUGUUAUUCUCUGUAAUUGUAUGUAUACAGGGAGCAUAUACAGUAUCAUUGUGCAUGUUUUUAUUAAUUUCAGUAUCCACUUUAAUAAAACUUGUAAGUUGCUUUUGAGCUACAUCUGUUUUAUUUGAAGUAAUAAUAACACUUGACAUGGCGACGCUUUAUGCUAUCUGACAGUAUGUACUACAAGAAGAUGGGGUGUUUGUGUUAAAACCUUUCAGUAUAUUAAUAAAGUCUCAAUGGGA